AAGCGGGGGGAGGAGACAGGAAGGUUUGAGUAUAAAAGAGGCAGCUGCACACAUGAAACUUCAUUCCACACAGAAGAGAAGGAAAUCUGAACUUAAAGGAACUUUAUCACAACUGCUUUCCAGAGCCACGAUGGAAACGGAGAAGACCCAGACAGCAGCCGUGCAGACAGACGACAGGGAUUUGUCAGAACAAAUCAAAAAGGCGACAAAAGAAAGUCACACCAGAGCAGAAAACACAGAAAUGAUGCUGAGCUUCCAGCGGGGUCAGGUCACUCUGGCACAGUAUAAGCUCCUCCUGUGCUCCCUGUAUGAGAUCUACCAGGCCUUGGAGGAAGCCCUGGACAGGAACUCCAACCACCCUGCCGUCGCACCCAUUUACUUCCCAACUGAACUGGCCAGGCUUAAAGCCAUCGAGAAAGACCUGGAGUUCUUCUACGGCCGCGACUGGAGGGAGAAGAUCGUUGUUCCUGAUGCCACUAAAAGAUACAGCCACAGACUCAGACAGAUCGGUGAAGAAAACCCUCAAUUUCUGGUUGCCCACGCUUACACUCGUUACCUAGGCGACCUGUCGGGCGGGCAGGUUCUCGGUCGAAUCGCCCAGAAGUCCAUGGGGCUAAAAAAUGGAGAUGGCCUGUCUUUCUUUGCUUUCCCUGGCGUUUCCAGCCCCAACCUGUUCAAGCAGCUCUAUCGUAGCCGGAUGAACAGCGUGGAGCUGACGGAGCAGGAGAGGAACGACGUGCUGCAGGAGGCGGUCCAGGCCUUUGAGUUUAACAUCCAGGUCUUUGACGGCUUACAGAAGAUGCUGAGUGUUGCUGAAAAGCAGCAGCAGGAUUAUUCACCAAACUCCAAAUCAGUUAGUGCCAGAUCAAUCCAGUUGCCCCAACCCAACUUUUCUCUAGUCAGGAAGGUGCUGGGACUCGUUGUUGCUCUGGUUACCAUCAGUAUGGGUAUCUAUGUUGUAGCAACACCAAACACGAGUUAUCAACGCCCAACGGUUUAAAUUCCGACUCCAACUGUAAAAAUCGUGUUUCGCAAAUUUUGUGUAAUAUUUGUACAGUUUGCAUUUAUUCUUUUGUUUAUGCUGAUGACUUAAAUUUUACAGUUUCUUCUAUCACACUGGUACGCAGAAGGCCUUCAAUGCACAAUAACGGUUGUAAAUAUGCCCCUUUUGAAAUAAAGUCUGUAAAGAACCUUUUA